CGAGAGAGGAGUGACAAAAAAUUAAGGUUAAAAUAUUGUUGUGGUCAAUUCACACGUGUUGGAGUGAAAAAAUGAGUGAGAAAAGUGAUUCAGAGAGUCCAGAAGCUAUCGAAGAGGAUGAGGAAAAGGAAGUAACCUGGAAGGACCUGGGUAUUGUUGACUCACUGUGUCAGGCCUGUCAGGAGCUCAAGUGGAAAGCCCCGACGAAGAUCCAGAGGGAGGCGAUCCCCCAGACCCUUCAAGGAAAGGAUGUCAUUGGCCUCGCAGAGACUGGUUCUGGAAAGACUGCAGCUUUUGCUCUUCCGAUUCUCCAGGCACUCCUGGAGAAUCCUCAGAGGUACUUUGCCCUGAUUCUGACGCCUACCAGAGAACUGGCAUUUCAGAUUGCAGAACAAUUCGAGGCCCUGGGCUCCAGCAUCGGUGUCAAAUGCGCUGUUAUUGUUGGUGGAAUGGACAUGAUGUCACAAUCUUUGAUUCUCGCGAAAAAGCCCCACAUCCUGAUAGCCACACCAGGUCGACUGGUUGAUCAUCUAGAAAAUACGAAGGGCUUCAAUUUACGAUCUCUCAAAUUCCUCGUGAUGGACGAGGCUGACCGAAUUCUCAAUAUGGAUUUCGAGGUCGAGGUCGAUAAAAUAUUACGAGUUAUUCCUAGAGAACGCAGGACACUUCUCUUUUCAGCCACAAUGACGAAGAAGGUGCAGAAACUUCAGAGGGCCUCCCUCAGGAAUCCUGUCAAGGUCGAGGUCUCAACGAAGUAUCAGACUGUUGAUAAAUUGCAGCAGUACUACAUUUUUAUACCCACCAAAUUCAAAGACGUUUAUCUCGUUCAUAUACUGAAUGAGCUCGCAGGUAACAGCUUCAUGAUUUUCUGUGGCACUUGCAAUAAUACUGUACGUACAGCACUACUGCUUCGUAAUCUGGGAUUUAUGGCUGUUCCACUGCAUGGGCAGAUGACGCAGAAUAAAAGAUUGGCUGCCCUGACAAAAUUCAAAGCGAAGAAUAGAUCUAUUCUGAUAUCUACCGAUGUUGCCAGCAGAGGUCUGGACAUUCCCCACGUGGAUGUGGUGAUAAAUUUCGAUAUUCCCACACACAGCAAGGAUUAUAUUCACAGGGUUGGGAGGACAGCGCGUGCAGGACGUUCAGGACGUUCUAUAACAUUUGUAACUCAAUACGACGUGGAGUUGUACCAGAGAAUCGAGCAAUUGAUAUCGAAAACUCUUCCCCUUUACAAUACUGAGGAGGAGGAGGUGAUGUUGCUGCAGGAACGAGUGGCAGAGGCCCAGAGGAUAGUGAAAAUGGAGAUGAAGGACAUGGAAGAUGCAAAAAAAUCAGGCAAACGUAAGAAAGGACAGAAUGCCGACGACGAUGAUGACACUGAACAAUCAUCCGGUGUACGCAAACGUGUAAAAUCUAAAUUCAAGGGCAAACGUAAAUAAUCGUUUUUAAACAAUUGAAAUAUCACAAAAUGAAGUUAGAAAAAAAAAAUAAAACUUAUGAGAAAAAAAAAAUACUUCAACACUUUAAAUAACCUCGAGGCUCUCAAGUAUUUUAUGUACAGGACAAGUGACAGAAAGAAAAAGCUCCAAAAAUAAUUCACCUUCACU